UUGUUCAUGAAAACAACACAUAUUAAUCGUGUUUUAUAAAAACGCAUUUCCGUGUUGUUAAAAAACGGUUUCCCGUGUUGUAAAAAAACGGCUUUCCGUGUUGUUACAACACGUUUUAGGCGUUUUCCUCUUUGUCGCCCGAUUCGACACAUAUCAUGGCGUGUUGCUGUUGUGCAUAUCCGCACACUUGAAAUGCGUUGUUGGCUUGCGAGUAAAUUCACUCGCAAGAAUGGCGAAAAAUACAACAAAAUAUUUUUUUUUUACCGAGAAUUACUGGAUGCGUCUCGUUCGUGAACCUCGGAUAUCAAAGUUCGAAGAUUUGGAAACGAAUUAUUUCUGAGAAAAAUUCGUAUACAUCGAGGGGGGAUUCGAUCGACCUACCUACCUAACACGCUCUAACUUAACGGACGCACGCUACCCACUACACUAAUUCGCUCAUGAGGUAAUGUUGUCAAAAAGUCCGUUAUACGAAACGCAAACAUUGUUUACGUUUGUAAGUGUGAGCUAACCUCGUCUUCGUCCUUUGUCCAGCCAGACUCUUUCUUCUUUUUCUUUUUGUUUGUAGUUGGCUCGAGUCUGCGCUCCUAUAGCGUUAAGACCAUACGGCCAUGUGAUGAAAACUUGCUUCUCGUUUUCGUGAUUAUUCGGUUCGAUUCGGUCGGCGAAAAGACGCAUACGUUUAAUUCACUUAUUAUUUGUGCCACUCAGCGAGCAUAAAAAUGGAAAAAACGAUUUAUUGCAAAAACGAAGAGCGAUGCAAAAAAAUUAAAUUUUGCAAAGUGAACGAAAAAAUGAGUGAUUCCGAAUGUGUCAUCCAAAAAAUCCGCGAAGCUUGUGAAAACGACUUGCUUCUGAAAAAGAAAAUCGAAAAUCAAGCCAUCGUGUUACAGAAGCUGAUUCAAAAUCAAAACAUUUUAUGUGACAUCGAAGCAGAGGAAGAAAUAAUCGAUGAAUUGGAAAUAACCUGCAUUGUUCCGUUAGGCGAAAGUCUUCUAUCGUGUUCAACGAUCUACGCUAUCGAUCAAGACGGCUCUCUCAUUGAAACCCAAGAAAAAAUAAGUGAAUGUGUGGAGGAGAAAGAAAAGGAAAACCAAUCAAUCAACAGACAAUUUAAAAAACUGAAAACAAAUGACUUCACUGAAAAAAGAAGCAUAAUUUCAAGCUUCGUUGGAACGCCAACAUCAUUGCCAGAACUGACCCCGGAGUUGGUUCAAAAAGUGAACAACGGAGGAAUGUUACUUGCUCAAAAGUCAUUAACGUAUUUUUGGGCAACUGAUCUUUUGCAUCGCACUAAUGGCAUGCUGAGUAAAAAUGAUUAUUUCAACUACGCAAAAGCCAUUGUUAGUGCUUAUCCAGAGCUCAGCGGCGGAGACCAUGGAUGUGGGAUUGUACGACAUCAGUCAAGUACAAAUGUGCGGAAUCGACGUGCUAAUUCAGAACGAUCUGUAAUGAAAUUUGGCGAAGACAAAUUGAAAAUCGGUCAAAAUAUUCCAACUGUUUUACGAUUCAUAAAGAGCGUCCUGAUGUACAUGGAGUAGAUGCGUUAAAAGAGCUCGAAAGAAAUAUGAAUUCCGCGGUGACACACCGCACGUAUAUACGUCUAUUGCUCAAAGAGUCUGUGAAUUUACGGAAGAAAUGGAUAAAAAUAUUUACACAAAUAUAUUGGAUAUCAUAAAACGGCAAUUUCGUUUAGGUCGACAUUGACGACAAGAUAUUUGCCAUUUUAUUUUACUUUCUAAAAUGUAUUGUACAUAUAAGUAUGAGUAACUUCCCAAAACCGUGCUGAAAUCAUCCGUGUUGAAACAACACACAUUAUCAGUAUUAUAUAAAUUACAAAACGGAAAUUGCCGUGUUGUUCGAAAUUUUACGGCGUAACGUGUUGCUUCAACACGAUUCGUUAAAACAACACACCUGCGAGAUGUAUUGUGUGUUGUUGCAACACGAUUAGUUAAAACAACACACCUGCGAGAUGUGUUGUGCGUUGUUUCAACACACCUAACAACACGCUUGUUUUUGCAGUGCGCGGAUGUGAGAGGAGUCAAAUGUUAUGUACUUGGAAAGCAGCACAAUUAUCUCUUGCGACAAAGAAAACUCGAUCUCUGAAGUAGCUUCCCGUUCUCGUUGUUGUCAACGACCAAAAAAUCCCCAACGCUUUUAGGGGAAAUCCUCGUUAGGGGAAAAAUAGACGGAAAAAAUUGGUUCAAGCUCUCGAUAAGAGUUGCUAACGACCAAGUAAGAGAUACAAAUGUUUUGGAGAAGUCCGCGAAGGAGCGUGGCUGAAAAAGAGGAGGAGAACACGCGAGAGAAACGACUCCAGGGCGAGGGUGCGUCCUGACACUUUCCAUUCGAGGCUCAUGAGGCAGAAGGGCUUACGGACGACUUUCUUACGCCGCUGUACGUCGUUUUAUGUUAAGGAGGAAAAAGAUGCGGUUCCUGGGUCGGUGCAACGGUUUGCACGCACGAGUGGCAGAGGGACGUGGCGCGCUGUUGGCGGAGGCAAAAAAAGCUUGUGGGAGGCUCGACGGAGCACCUAUUUCCGAGAGUACAGCGGCAGGGCCUCCGCUCGAGUUUUUUCCUACCGCUGGUUUGUAUAAAACUAGAAAGGGCCGCGAGGAGAGCAGGCUCGUAGGCCGUUGGCACUCUCUAGCUACUGCGUCGCUAUUAUUACAAGUAUAAAGCCACUUCCGGGUACAGUAACGUUGAAACCGAGGACACAAGAGUUCCGGGAGCAAAGUAUACUCGUGAGUGGGCGAAUCGCGCGGGGGAGGAGACAAAGGAGGGCGGCUGCAACGGUAAAAGCAUGACUCUCGCAACUGAAAAGUUGAAACGGCGAGGGUGAGAUAAAAAAAGCGAGGAUUAAAUAGAAACCGGAUUUUCGGCGUGUACACACGUAUAACUCUUCCACAUUCAGAUGGGGCUCAGCCCGAUUAUUUUAUCCAAUUCAAAUUGACUGGUGACCGAACAUCGAACAGUUUCAAAUGUGCAAACGUAAAAACCCAUAGCUAAGCUCUCGAAAUAAAGCUACAGAAAAAUGUUAA